UUUAAAAUACUAGUGGUCUAAUGUUGUUAUUUUAAGUAGGAAUGCGUUAUGUCCCUCACUCAUAGACAUUAGUGGUAAUAAUAUCUCAUUUGUUUGUGAUUUCAAUUUUUAUGACAUAGCUAAAUAGCAUUUAAAGUUUUGAAGUUAAGCAUAUUAUACAAAUUUCGGUUUUGUACAUUUGUUUAAAAUUUGAUCAUCAGCUAUUCGUUGUGCCUUCAAUUUUUCAGUCCGAUAAUGUGAGAAGACAUUAUAUAUUAUAGGUGUCCCUCGAGGUUAUACAACAUUUUUUCUUGAGUUCUUUCUUUAUUCACAGGAUUUUCAUAUUUUUAGUGUACAUGCUGUAGCAAAUUAUGACCAAUCAAGUACCUUAGAUCUGAGUUUGACCCUAGAACAUUUCUUUAUAACCUUUGACCCAGGUUUAACAUAACAACACAACAAAGUUCAAUCUCAUUCUUUAUAUCUCCGCGACACGACUAAAACUACAUUGUAUAACGUUUAUUAUUUUUCUAUUUUAAUCAGUACUUUCAUAAUCAUAUUCUAUUUUAUACUCAACGGUGAUUAAAAGUCAUGACAAUUUCCCCCAUAAACAUAAUUAUUUCCAAAAAUGGCGAAUGUUCGCAUGAUAUUUGACAUUUACAGAUUUGUCCAUUAGAUAAGUGAAUUGACCAGAGGCGUGACUAUAUCUUUGACCAGCAUGAUUUGUUUACUAUAUAAGAAUGGUCAUCAGUAAGGUUGACCAGUGUUCAAUUUAUCUGGAUUACCAUCGAGACAACAUGAAAGCUGUUCUUUGUUGCGUUCUUCUCGUAGCUGUUCUUGCUCUCUCGAGCGCAGAGGAAUGCAGAUCUGUGAGUGACUGUGGUCACGUGACAUGUCCAGAAAGCAAUUACCAACUUGAAUGUCAUAACAGACAGUGCACAUGCAGCAAAGUGUCAUCGAGCGGUUGCCGUGUACAGUCGGACUGUUCCGGAGAUGAUUGUAGGUACGGAUGGCACUGUGUAGAUGGCAGAUGCAGAUGUGGGUUCGGUUUCGGAGGUGGCAAAUAAAUUAAUUUACUUGUGUUAAUUGUUAUUAACAUUGUUAUAAUUUUCAAAGAAAAAUAAAAUAUGCUGUUUUAAGCAGAUAUAUUGUUCAAAAUUUAUACUUUACUUACAUCGAUUAUUUUUAUUUUGAAGAAAAGAAGCGAUUUUGUUGUACUUGUCAAUUACAGCAUUAACUAAAGGUUCUGUGAGUGAAAAAGUUCAUACAUAGAUACCUCAGUGAUAUAAUCAUUUUGCAAUGUAAUCUCUAAAAUAACACACUAAUUACAUAUAACAUGUCAGGUCAUUUUAAAUAUACUUUAAUACGUGGAAUAUUGUUGAAAUCAUAAGUUCGAAGUUGUAAUCUUCAUUACGACUUCUUGCUUAUGGCAAAGCAGCAUACCUCCAGAUCCAUGCUAAUGUUCAUGAACAUUAAAAAAACUGUAUUUAAAAGUAAAAUAUUGUGGAAAGAGCACAUUGCAAACGGCACUUACAACUAUAACUUAUUGUUUAUGUACUUUAUCGGCGCCAAAUUUCAUUUUCCACUUUAUUUUAUUUUAUUUUUUUAUUUGUCAAUUAUAUGAAAGGAUUUAUCUAAAAAUAAUAUUUUAAAAGCUGAAGGCCGCUUUAAAGUUUUGCAAAUUUUAAUGUUCAAUCUCGCAGAUACAGCAGAAAUGAUAUGUGGUUACACAGUUAAAGUCCCGCUAUAAUCCAAUAUUACAUAAAGCCAUACAUAAACUGACUUUGGAUUAACGAUUCGUUCAGCUGGUUAGCCUAUCUUAUCCAUUAUAUGAUAUAAUAGAUAUGUAACAA